AUGAAGACAAGAAAUGAUCCAAAGGGAGUCUCCACACCUGAGACUGAGACGCCCAUGCCUCCUCUCAACAGAUCUGCUUUCAAGAAGCUUCCCAUUUGGGAUUUUGAAGACAUUUAUAACCAAGAUGCUCCACCCAAGCAGAAAACUUGUGCUCAGUCUCUGCGAAACUCCCAGGAUGAGAGCUUCAAGAAGGCUUUUCUUCCCAACAUACGACUAUAUAUGCAUAAAGACAACAUCAACAUGAGCGAGUGGAACCGCCUCUCACACUUCAACAAUCCUUUUGGUUUUAUGGGUUUCCAGUAUAAAGAUGUGAUGGAAGCGGUGAAGUUGAUUCCAAAGCCAAAAGAGCCCCUUUUCAUUGCAAAGCCAGGCAGUGAUGGGUGUGUGCGCUGUGCUGUGGUGGGCACAGGGGGGAUCCUAAAUGGCUCUAAAAUGGGAAAAGAGAUCGACGGUCAUGAUUACAUUAUCCGGAUGAACGGUGCACUCAUUAAAGGUCAUGAGGAAGAUGUUGGAAAUAGAACAUCUGUGUAUGUUCACACAGCCCAUGCCAUCACAGCAUCAGGGUAUUUCUUCAAGAAGUACGGAUACAAGUCUGCCCCGGCUGAUGAGGGAAUAAAAUACGUGAUGAUUCCUGAGGGGUUGAGGGAUUUUCAGUGGAUGACUGGUCUCCUUAAAAGAGAAAGGGUUGCUGCUGGCCAAUAUCGCAAGUCACGGCCAUGGACGUAUUACAGUGGUCAGUUUGAUGAGGGACGCUUUUAUGUUCUGCACCCAGACUUUCUCAGAUACGCGCGAAACAGGUUCAUGAAGUCUCCCAAUCUGGAAAAAAACUUCUGGGCGAUGGUCAGACCAACCAACGGAGCAUUUGCUAUCUUCAUGGCUCUGCAUACAUGUGACAUUGUGUCUGCGUAUGGAUUCAUGACAGAAGAUUACAUGAAGUACAACAACUACUAUUUUGAGACUGGGAAAACCCAUGUUAUUUUUUAUGCCAACCAUGAUUACAUCUUGGAGAAGAAUACAUGGAAAAAACUACACGACACCAAAAUAAUGAGGCUAUAUCAAAGAAUUGACUCAGAAACAGGAACAGAGAAGCAGAAGAAACUCUGAUACUUAAAGAAGAGAGAUGUUACAUUACAAAAAGUUUAGGUGGAAGAAAAGCUAUAAUAAUCAUUAUUUUUUUACUCUUCGUUUUGUUACGCUUUCAUGAUGGAGAAUCAAAAUCUGCACGACAGUGCGUUACACAAGGGAACAGCUCCCUCGGCUGGUGGUGAAGCUUUC